ACACCUGGCGAACCAAGCCCUUCAGGAGUAUGAGGGCCUGCAGAGAGAGCAUGAGACAGCAGCCAUGAAAUGCAAGAGGCUGGAGGAGGAAAGAGACAAUGCCAUGAAGACACUCAAUGAGUUCCAGCAAGGUUACUGAGUCUGGCCACGACAUUAUGGAGAUGGGCAAUGGAGAAGAGGCUGAGGAUGGAAACUGGCAGCUAAGUGCUAUUGAAUGACUCAUGUGGAGGCCGCCAGAGGAACGUGGAUAUCGUUUGGCAUUGGCGUUCAUCAAGUUCUUAAUUAGGUGUCACUGGAGGGAAGGAAUUGCCCGCAGCAAUGGCACUAAUGCUUAAUUUCUCCUUCGCUCAACCACAAUGUUUAAUUAGUUAAGUGGCAGGGCAUUCUUUAGGGGCAUUCGCUUUGUACUGAGGUGUGAUUGCAGCUCUAACCAACAUAGUGGUUCGCGACACGGAAUUUCAUCUCAUUUUUUUUUUUUCACACAAGGUUCUGUUGAAGCUCCUGCUAAUCAAUAUGUGAUUUUCACUGUAUACUGUCGCAUGUGAUGAUAGAUGUAAAAAGCAUUUAAGCAACAUUUAGGCUGAGACAACACUCUAACCCUAACCCUACAUUUAUCAAUUUUCCACAAAUUAAAAUGUCACUGUCCUCCUCAUCAUAUUAUUUUCUGGUGCAGCUCUGCCAUGAAUAUAUAUAAAUAAUUGAGGCACCCAGGGUUCAGGUUCUUUACGAACAGCCCACAUUUCCUCUUUCAUAUACUCAACUUUUAUUCAUUCACUUGUUGUUGUUUUUUUUGCAUAUGUGCAGUCUAUGUUUAACACACAUUAGCCCUGGCCAACAAAAUAAAAAGGUAGAGAAAUUAUGUGAAUAAAAGGUAGAAUGGGGAAAACAUUUAGUUCAAACCAUUUUAAAUUCAAAUGAUAAUGAUGCAUGUAAGUUAUUAUUCACCAAUGGUGCUACUUGGAUGGCAGACACAAUAGAAAACAGAGAUAUGCUUCAGUGUCAAGUGUUAGGGCUCUCUUACCUCAAUUAACUUGAUUAAAUGAAUUAAAUGAAAAGUCACAUUAGAAAAUCCUAAUCAUUUUUUUUUUGUUUCUUUGACAGCAUUUUGAUCAAGCUGAAUGGCCAUGGGUGAACUUUUUAAGUGUGACAUGAAUGUAGUCAUUCAGUAGAAUUUUACAUCCUGUUUCUCAUAUUAACAUAAUUGCAUAAUUGACAUUGUCACUUCAGUGAAGGCUGCAGAGUUGUGGGUGUCUUCGCUAGAGAGCACUGUUUGUAAUUUGGCGACAUAAUUAAUUAUUUCACAUUGUUUUUUUUUUCUUUAAUAAUAUGUAAGAACAUUUGUCCUCACAACCAAGACAGUGUGAGGCACAGCCUGCUGUCUGAACUGUGCCUCAAACUGAAACAAAACAAAGAGUGCUGUUUAGUUCAAUUGAAGCAUUUCUUCAGUAAAAAACAUAAAAUGAGAAUACAGUAGGUAUUAUGGAAUAUAUGUAUAAAUAUGUCUACAUAUAUGUCUGUACAUUUGUGUGUGUUCUGUGUCACAGUAGCGCAGUGUCUGGAGACACGCACAGUAAGAAGUGCAUAUGUCUGUCUUGAUGUUUGUGGACACAUUGUGCCAGGUGUAGGUUCACAGGUUCACUUCCCCUGUGUCCAUGGCUGAGGUGACUUGAGCAAGCACAUAACCCUGCACAUGGACAGCGCACAAUGUACUACUGCUUUCUGUGUACACACUGAAUGGAUGAACGGGUCAAAAGUGUUCAGUUAACAAAAAUGUAUUAAUAUUAAUUUCAAUUGCAUUCAGUGAAUGAGUGCUCAAAUGUGAGUUGCUGAAGUAUUCCCAUUCAUGCCAUUUGUGCUUUUGGUUAAAAAAAGGUGAUCACAGAGAUUUCUGUACAAAAAGUGAUCGUUCUUCAAGCUACCAUCAUCACCAAGUGUAUUGUUGGUCAUUUCAUGUCCUGAUUGAUUUAUUUGUAAAUAUGAAUUGUAACAGAUUUUGAUCCUUAUUUUAUGCAUUUUCUGACUUUUGAUGCUUAUCAUCUUUGCUCAGUGGAUGUGAGAUUUUAGAGGGAUUAGUAGAGGUUUGAACACACUGUAUAGAAUUUAAGAUAUUAACAUACUGGAGGCCACUAGACAUUCACUGCUGCAACAAAAAUUAUUAUGUUCAUUGUCUUUUCUUCUCUUUUCAUCUAGUCUCUGAGAUGGUCAUUGAAGAGGUCAGUGCCAUUCAGGAGAAUCUGGAGAUCGAGAGGAUGUGUAGAGAAAGUGCGGAAGCCCUGGCCUCCAAGUUGAACCGUCAGAACCGCUCUCUGAAGAGGAAGAGCAUGAUGUUGCUCUCCCACCUCAGCCCAGAGACAAUAACAAAGAUCAGCCUUGAGGAUGAAGAGGAGGACAGUGAGGACCUACAUGAAGCCACCAAAGUCUGCCUUUCCCCCUCCUGCCACACUGCCAUCUCAGAUCUACAAAAGAAGUUGGAUUUGAUGCUUAAGGAGAAAAGUCAAGCAGUCAGUGAUCUUGAGGCAGCAAGAGAACAACUGAGGGAAACCAGGGAAGAACUGCUGAAAGAAAAACACGAUAACACUCUUUUAACUGCUGAGAUACUGCAGCAAAAGAAACUCCUGGCAAAAUAUAACAGAGUGUCUCAGUUUGCUGUGGAGGAAUACGAAGCUUUAGAGGACACUUUGAACCUGGAGCGAGACCUGCGCAAAGAGGCAGAGAAGUUUGCCAGAGUGAUGUUGGUUGAGCAAAAGAAGCUGAAGAGACAGAGUCAGAUCAUGAUGCAGAAUUCCUCGCCAAAUCAAGCUCUAGAGGAUGCACUCAGCCAGGUCACCAGACUGACAGAAGAGCUGGAGACACAGAGGCUAGAGCAUCAGAACCAGAUAGAGCAGAUGGAGGACAAGCUAAGAAGCAGUGAGGCUCAGAGUGAGCUGACAACACUGAGACGCAAACUAGAGCUCUUGGAGGAAGAGAGGAGGGAGUGCAGCAACAAAUGCUCCAAGGCUGAAGUGGAGGUGAAGGAUCUGCGGUUUACAGUUGAGGAGCUCCAGAAGAAGCUGCAGGCAGCUACAAAUCCAACCCCUGCUCCAGCACCUCCACCUCCACCUCCGCCACCGCCACCGCCUCCUCCAGCUCCAUCUUCCAACCCGCUCAGCUCACUGUUGUCAUUAAUUAGAAAGAGAAGAGACAUCAAUACUGACAUCCCACUGCUGGACCAAGACACUGGCACGAAACCAGAAGAGGAUAUCAGGCAGCAGGCGGUGGAGGAGAUGAUGCAGCGGAUCAAGAAGGGGGUUCAGCUUCGACCUGUGGGCCAGUCGUCUAACAGAACCAGGAGACAGAUGGAGAGGCUGCCCUCUAAUUCUGCCAUUCAGGAACUUAAAGGAAUCAUGGAGAAUUUUAAUAGAACGCCCCCUCAACCAAAAGCAGUGUCUCCAGCUACAGACCGUGAUGGGGAGCUGCAGAGGAUCCUGCUGAAACGACGGGAUGCAUUGGAGUCCUAACACAAUGAAGUAAGCUCCGUUAAACUGAGGUUUAACAGGGCUUACUGUCUGGGGGCUGCAAAGCAUCUGCCAGGUCUUUCUGGAGAUCAUUGCUGCUUAUUCAUUAGUCCUGAUGAAAUGACUACUUACUCUACCUAUCGAUCCGGUUUGAUGAGUUAUUGGGGGGGGGGGCUCUUUAUGCAGGUCACCAUCCUCUCAUCUCCCCUACACUGUGAUUUGCCAAAAGGCCGAGCUCAGCCCUCCCAUGAGUAUCCACAUAAACACACCGGACAAAACCUUUUUAUUCUAAUGUAUAUGAUGCAUUUAAAGUAACCAUUUUACCAUAUCACGAGGAGUCUCAAACUGGGCUCAAAAAUAUAAAAAACUGAGCGAUUUUUGUGGUUGUGAAUCAAGCCAUAGGUUAAGCAGCAUCUGCAAUAAGUGCACAAUUGUCUCACUGAUUUACACUGAGGCCUUUUAUUUCCAGUAAAAUGACAGACAUGCACCCCACACCAUCUUCUCAGGGUUAAUUCAGUUCUUUUUCUAAAAGACCAAUUUAUUAUUGUUUGCACUGUGAUAGUGGAGUGGGUUUUGCGGCCUUGAGCUUUUGCUGAAGCAAAGUAUGUCUCCGAAUUGUUCUGUCUAGACCAAUAUCAACCUUGUAGCCUCCCAGUGAGCAAUUACAGGCCACUGUGGAAGAUUUUGUUUCAUCAGUUCCUCUCUCUCUCUCCCUCUCCAUCUCUCUCUCUCUCUCUUUCUCUCUCUCUCUCUCUCUCUCUCUCUCUCUCUCUCUCUCUCUCUCUCUCUCUCUCUCUCUCUCCCUA